AUGCCUGAUCCCGAGAGUGUGCCGAAUUCACCCAAUGGGGAUUUGCACAUGGGCUCACCAAGUUCUCCCCCAGUUCCUCAGAUCACUCUAACAAGAGCAAACGAUACCCAUUCACGUCCAUCGACAAGUACUCAACUACCAACCCCUUCACCGCAUUCACCUCAUUCCUUGUCUCCAACUCUCGGUCGACCUUCCACUACAGCAUCCAAUUCACCUCCUCCAUUGCCUCUCACUCGGGAUUUGCUUCAACGAAAGAACAAAUUAGACGCCCUGCUUCGCGAUGGGAAUCGACAAACACAACCACGGCACUAUCCAAACCAACAAACACCUAUAAUGACAUUUGGAACUGACAGCAAUAUCGUGGUGGAUGAGCGUGUUACUGCAGGGCUAGGAAUAUCAACACCAACACCUACAUCUGCAGGGUUAGGGAUAUCAACACCAACACCUACGUCCACAUUACAACAACAACAACAGGAGAUCCCUUCACGGCAUACAACAACAUCCAAUGUACGACAUCGUCGACAUUCUACUCGACCUUCCAUAUCAACCAACAUGGCAACCAUUAUGGAUCAUGAGAAGCGAUCAGGCAAUCGUAAAACACCUCCAGCAUCACCACACAUCACCAAUGAAUUCUAUUCAUGGAUACACGACAUUGAUCUCAAAGCACCGCCGGGUCAUUCAACCUCCAUCAAGGAUCAUAUCAUGAUGUUUUCUGGUUAUUCAUCUCGAGCAACUUCACGUUCAGCAUCAUCCAUCCAUAACAGUAUCUUUGAUGAGAAAAAGGAUAUGUAUUAUGCCGAUACAACAACGCCUUCGAUAUCACCACCACCCUACAGCCAAUACCAUUCAUCACCCAUUCAUCACGUUCCUGAUUUGAUUCGCCCGCAUUAUGGUCAUCAAUUACUAUCCUAUUUCUUUGAGGCUGCUAAACGAGUAGUCAACCUACGUGGACCAGAGGAAAUCGAUGAUUUACUUCAAAAGAACACCAUUUCACCACCAUCUUCUUCUUAUCAUCCACGAACACCUCGCCAUCAUCGAGAUGAUCACGAUACGGCACAUUAUCAUCAUCAUACAGAACCAUCACUUCAAAAACGCAUAUCCAAUGGAACAUCAUUCGACAAACGUUCUGUAUUCAGUAGCCCUGCACUUUCACUUGCGGAUGCCCCAUCAUCACUAGCUAGACCUGGUGUUGUUGGUGGUGGCCAGCAGCUUGACAAACGAUCCCUGUAUUCCGAUUAUCCGUCAACGGCAAAGCAAGAGUCCCGGCACACGGCAAUGUCAUUGAAAGAAAUGCCACCGAUUAUACCACCACCAUCAUCAACAUCGUCAUCGUCAUCACCACCAUCAGGUCCGCUGGGCGGCAAUAGUCUUUGUAUGUUUACGCCUAAUAACCGCAUUCGGCGUUAUUUGUGGCACAAUGUCAUUCAAUCAUGUUAUGUGGAGGCUUUUCUCUUUAUCAUCAUCAUGCUACAUUAUUUUCUCCUGAUCUGCGAUCCAAUCUACGAGAAUCAACAAAAGACUAUAUUUGGUGCACAAUGGACACAUUACGCUAUUCUUGGCAUUCAGGUGAUCUACACCUUGGAAGCUAUCUGCAAGAUCAUCGUUUAUGGCAUUUGGCUCCCGCCUACCAUAUCCACAAGCAAAUGCUUUUGGUUUCGGCGUUGGCUAAUCUCGUUGUUAUCCAAGAAUGGCAAUGAAACAUCCAAUCUCUCUGAAGAAGAAGCGCAACAAACCACCACCAAGGAACGUCCAUUGACCCAUCGGCCUUACAUUAGCGGCUUUGCUAAUACGCUGGAUGUCAUAUCAAUUAUAUCAUACUGGGUCGAUUUCGGUUUGAUGAUCCAUGGGUAUCCUUAUUGCUCUCUUUUCAAGGCCAUUGGAGCUUCAAGACCUUUACGACUUGCAAUGAUAUUCAAAGGGACAGCGACUAUCCUACGUUCUUUGCUUGUUAGCUGGGAUAUGCUGAAAGAUGUCCUCGGAUUCAUUUUCUUUUUCCUUGUCCUCUUUGCACUUAUUGGGUUGAUCACUUUCAAGGGCGUCUUUUCUCGACGUUGCUAUGCCCUGGAGCCUGAUGGCCAAUAUACCCUUGUGGAACCACCGUUACAUUGUUCGGGUUAUUAUUCAGGGACGACGGUUAUGGGCGCGUACAAUCCUGAUACCGAUUCACACAGCUAUGCAGGGUUGGGUGGAUACAUUUGUCGUAACGACCAGAUUUGUAUGGAGAACCAGGACAACAAUCCCAACUUUGGAUUUGUCAACUUUGACACUAUCUAUUUUGCGCUCCUUGCUGUAUUCAGCUCCAUGUCGCUUGAAUUGUGGACCGAGCUCAUGUCUCAAAAUAUGGAUGCCGAUUCGAAUGCUGCUGCCUUAUUCUAUUGCUUGGUUGCUUAUGUCCUAAGCUUCAUUUUGAUAUUCAUGAUUUUCGCUGUCAUUACAUCUGGAUUUUCUCGUGUGCGUGCUGCUCAUCGUGUCAGUGCUUUUACGGGAAAGAGAAAGUCCUAUCGUGUGCUUCAUUCAGUACAAGGCGAGGAGGAAGAAUUCAUGUGGCGGUUUGAGGAUCCAACGGCUUUUGAUCAAGGACGCACACGCCGUAUCAAACAGCUUUUGAUCAGCCUCGUCAAAAGCCGAACGUUUUUCUACUUUGGUGUUCUACUGGUGUCACUGGAUAUUGGAUUCAUGUGUGCUCGAUCGGCCCAUGCUAGCGAGUAUGUUCUUGAAAUGAUUGACAAUGCCGAAACCGCAUUCACCUUUCUUUUCGCUUUGGAAAUCUUCAUUCGCAUUGUUGGUGCCCCAAGCUGGACCCAAUUUUGGUAUUCUGGAAGGAACAAAUUUGACCUCUUUUUGGUGAUUGUCACGUGCGUCAUUCAGUUGCCAAUGAUACAAGAUUCGGAGUCAUACAAAUAUCUUACCAUCUUUCAAUGCCUACGAGCGUAUCGUCUUUUUAUUGGUAUUCCUCGUGUCAGACGUUUACUGUCGGCUGCGUUAGGAAAUGGUGAAGGUGUCAUUUAUGUCGUGAUCUUCCUACUUUUACUUACGGCGCUAUUCUCGCCCAUCUUUAUGCAAUUAUUUGGCGGCGACUUUGGCUUUAUUGAUGGGGAUGAGACUGAAUUGCGAUGUGACACAUUUUGGCAGUCGUACUUGACCCUGAUCAUGAUCUAUACCAGUGAAACUUGGACAGAAUUUCUUUACAAUGCCAUGGAAAGUCAACCCAAUUUCUCAGCUGUCUACGCUGCAAUCAUCACCAGCGGAUAUUUUGCGUUUGCCCGAUAUGUCAUGGCCGGUCUUUAUAUUGCAGUGAUCUUGGAAAACUUUGAAUUGGAGGACGAGUUUAUCAAACAAUAUCAAAUACGGCAAUUCAUUCAGAGGCGCACUCAUACAGGAGUUCAUCGCUUCCAAAGCAUCAUUAACAAGGUGUUUGGAUCCAUGUAUUUGAAAUCAAAAAAGAAGCAAGUGAAUGUUCGGCGGCUACCAGCUGGAUUGACAGCAUCCAUGGACAAGAACGCUUUAACGGAUUUGCUUGUUGGUCAACCUACUGCUGAGUCAACCAAUGGAAAGUCAAAGGUCGUUGCAGCAAACCAGGAUCGACCCAAAGACUUGUUUGAUAAGAUCUUUCGCCGACGACAAAAGCAAGAAGAUUCACCACAAACAAAGAGGAGUGACAUGCCAAGUCCACUCGAUCCCUUUGCAAAUGACGUUCCUGACGAUGACUAUGAAUUGAUUGUUGAAGAAGAAAAUCGACAAGCUUCGGCAGCUGAGAUCCCAACAUCAAAAUCGCUUUUCAUUUUCUCAUCCAACAACAAAGUACGCCGCUUUUGCAAGAUGCUUGCAGGAUCAUCCGCUAAUGGGCGUGUCGAGAGAAAGAACCUGUUCAACUGGUUUAUCAUGGCAUGUGUAUUGGCAAGCAUCCUUCUUGUCAUCCUUGAUGAACCAUCCACACGUUUAAUGCGACAAGAUACGAUUCGACAAUCGGCCUACCGAGUCGCUGAUAUGGCACUCAGCAUCAUUUUCGUGAUCGAAAUCAUUGUGCGUAUCAUUGCUGAUGGCUUUAUCCUACCACCAGACGCCUAUUUGCGCAACGCAUGGAAUCGACUUGAUUUCAUUGUGGUCAUUCUCAACUUGGCUGCUCUCUUUGCUGGCGAUGGUGACCUUUCUCGAGCACUUGGAACGGUGCGUAGUCUUCGUGUUCUUCGAUUGAUCCGUUACUUUAGUGGUAUGCGUGAUGUCUUUGUCGAUUUAUUCCAUGCAUUCCCGCUCAUGCUGGAUGCGCUCCUGCUGGUGUUUUUGGUCAUGAUUUUCUUUUCCGUAUACGGUGUCAACAUGCUUGGUGGCCGUAUGACAGCAUGCAAUGAUGACGAGGUGGAAGGACGAUCCACGUGCAUUGGCGAGUUUAUCAAUAACGUUGGUGACGAUGAUGAUGCAACCAUCAAUAUUUUACAACCACGUGUAUGGGCCAUUCCUGAAGGUGGCAUGUACAGCUAUGACGACUUCCCAAUUGCAUUGGCCCACUUGUUUAGUCUCUCAUCAACUGAGGGUUGGGUCGACUCUCUCUUUUAUGCCAUGAGUGCUCCACCUGAGCCUGAUAUUCAGCCUUCGUUUGAUUGGAAUGGUCCUUCCGUUUAUCACUCAAUCUUUUAUGUUGUUUUCAUGGUGGUCUCACAUGGCACGCUGCAGCUUUUCGUUGGCGUCAUUAUUGAAAAAUUCAAACAAAGAGCCGGCAUCACGACAAUGACUACCGGACAAAGACAAUAUGCUGAUUUGCUACGCCAGCUGGCAGAAAUCAAGCCAACCCCCAAGGCCCAGGCGCCUAAUAACAGGAUUGGUCAUUGGUGCCAUAAUCUCGUCGUCAGCAAGCGCGGCUUGUUCAAUAAGUUUAUGAUGUCGGUGGUCAUCCUGAAUAUAUGUGUCAUUUGUACGGAGUUCCAGAAUCAACCUGAAUGGCUCACAACUACCCAAGAUUACUGUUAUUUGGUGUUCAUUAUCCUUUACAUAUUCGAAUCUAUUGCCAAAUUCAUCGGCUUGGGCUGGAAAAAGUGGAGUAAAGGGAAAUGGAAUUGGUAUUGUGCCUUUAUCGCCAUCAGUGCGUUUGUUUUGACUAUUCUACGAUUUGCUUUACCCGACCUUUGGACACUGCGAUUGGAACGAUAUUGCCUUGUACUUGCUGCUUUCCGGUUGGGCGAAGGCAUUGAUGCGUUGCAAACUUUGUACCAUACGAUACGAAUGUCGCUUCCAAAGAUCAUUCGCGUCACUGCAGUCUUUUUACUUGUCUUGUGCCUUUUCGCAAUGAUAUUCAUGGAACUGUUUGGCCUUACAAAAUAUGGACUUGAAACCAACGAGCACAACAAUUUCCGGGAUUAUGGGAAUGCACUCCUUUUGCUCAUCCGUGUCGCCACCGGUGAAGCUUGGAAUAUUGUUAUGAUGGAUUCGACAGUGCAAGCCCCUAACUGUGUUGCUUCGGACGACUAUUUGUUAACGGAUUGUGGGUCACCAGCAUGGGCUUUCUUCUUGUACAAUACGUUUUACCUCGUGUGCACACACAUCUUUCUCAACUUGUUCACAGCCGCUGUGUUGAGCAACUUUGAAUACGCUUAUGAGACGAGAUCACGAUUCACUUUGCUGAGCAAGGAUGAUUUACGAAGCUUCAAGUCCGCUUGGUCUGAGGUAGAUCCUUCUGGCUCUGGGUACAUUCAAAGAGAAGACGUGGUCAAGUUUCUUAGUCUCUUACGAGGUCGUUUUCGUAUGUGCAUUUACGACGAUCGACAUAGCAUCGGCAAUUUGCAAAAGCUCAGUCAACAAGGAAUACCUGACUCUUUCAUUAUCAACGAAAAGCCAAGUGGAUUUUCAUCGACGACAAAUGUGGGAUUGCCUAUACCAUACAACGUUGAUAUUGUCAACAAAAGCUUAAGCAAGAUCGAUUCGGCUGCUCUCCGAAGACGUCGCCGUGAUUUCAACUUGUGCUACUUGGAAAUUAUUGGGGCUGAAUCUGCCCGUGGGAUUUCAUUUGAGGAUGUGCGUACAAUCAUGUCGUAUCGUUUUGUUGAUAUCGAAGAAGCAUUACCCAUCGAUGCAUUGAUUGUGCGACUGGAAAAACAAGAUCAAGUGAGCAAGGCUUAUGCAGCUGAGCGUGCACGCGGUGUGUUCUUGACUUUGUUGCAAAGAAAGCGAUAUCUACAUGCGUUGUGGCAAAAGAAGAAUGAGGAAGAAAUGCUAAAGUUGGGCAUCAGCACCAAAAGCCCUCUUCAAUUGGAUACUUCAGCUGCCGGAUUGUCACCCAAAAGUCCACGCAUGGCUAAUCAGUGGAAGAAUAGAUCACCUGUGCCCACGAUCGUCAUCGAAGAUGCCCCACCUUCACCACGACUCGUAUCCGAUUAUGCAUCGCCCGCAUCGCUUACCAUUCCUUUGUCGCCCAUGUCAAAUUACUCCUUUGAGACACAAUAUGGCUCACCUAUUGGGCAAGGUGGUGGCGCUGAUUCAUUGAAUGUGGCUAUCGGCACAACCAGUCCACAAUACUCACCAUUCCCUUCAACCGAUCAAGAAGAAAACAUCUCGUUGCCUGGAGCACUUUCACCCAAUUCACCGUAUAGUCCAACUACUUUACGCCAAAACUGGAGAGUCAUUGACGGCAAUGCUAGCAUGUCCUCAGAACUAGCGGAAUCGUUGAUGGAUUCUCUGGAAAGAAAUGCAUGGGCUGACAUGCUCCAUGACAACCAUUGA